GAAAUUAGGUAUCUUUACCUUGGUUGGCACGCAGCAAAGAUCUCGUGUUUUUUUGGGAAUCUGUCUGGUUUCUUCGUGGCGUUGAGAAGAUUUGAAGGAAGAAGAAGAAGAAGAGCGUCGAGGGAAGCUCUGGAUCCCAAUCCUUCCCGUUCUUGGCGACGGAGGUUAUGCUUCUUCAUUUAUCGGUCUUUGAGGGCUUGGAUAUAAAGGGAUUUUUAUAUUUUCUCGAGAUAUGGAGCUUGCUUCUAUUUGGACAAAUUCCUUCCAGCAUCGAGUUUGUUCUUUCCAGGAAGUGCUUGAUUGGCGUUUCCUUGUCCUUGGAGAUUUUCUUUUGGUUUCCUUUGUCAAUUGCACUUAGUGGUCAAGUUCUUCUAAAUGAUCAGCACAAGAGGCGUAAUGAAAUUACUUUAUAAGAUAGGUGUUGGAUCGUUAGUGCAACUGUUCAAAGCGUUGUUGAUGCAGCAUCAGGAUGAUUUACUAGGGGAAACUUCUUCAGGGAGCUGAGUUCUGUUAAUGAAACAUCAAAGCUUGUUUUCACAACUAACUAAAGUCAAGACUAUCGCGUUGACCUCUGCUGGUCAAGCUUUUAUUAUUCUUUCUUUCUCUUUGUUCCUGACUGGUGAUGUGUAGAGCGUCAUGACCUUUCUUACUGGAGGAUAUAUCUUCAAUAUCAGUGUUGAAUUAUGAGAUAGCUACAAGUUAAGAUUGUAGUCAUCUGGUAUUUCCAACUGCUUAGUUGGUUUGGACAGUUGUUCUCAAGGUUCAACAUGUUCAGUGGUGUUUGUCAUAUAUCAUCGUGUUGUUUCUCUCUUGAAGUUGAAGCUGCGGAUUUUGUAAUGAAUAAAGCUGCACAGCCUGCUCAUCAGAAAUUUUCUGGUUUUGUGCUUUCGCACUUCACCAUGAAAAAUUAGUGCUGGUUUUUGCUAGAUCAGUGCAAGACAAUUGUUUACUUCUUAGUCUCUAUAUAAAUAUAGAUGCAAGUUAUCAUUUUGAAGUUUCUCUACUUCUUUUGAAUAAGGGAGGUUGUCUUUGUGCUUCUACGAGGAAAAUGGAGAGGUACAUGUUAAUCAAGGAAGUUGGUGAUGGAACUUUUGGAAGUGUCUGGCGAGCAAUCAAUAAACAGACUGGGGAAGUUGUUGCAAUUAAGAAAAUGAAGAAAAAAUAUUACACAUGGGAGGAGUGUGUCAAUCUGAGAGAAGUGAAGUCAUUGCGGAAGAUGAAUCAUCCAAAUAUUGUGAAGCUCAAGGAAGUUAUCAGGGAAAACAAUAUCUUGUACUUUGUAUUUGAAUACAUGGAAUGCAAUCUUUAUCAACUUAUGAAGGAUAAGGAAAAGCUCUUCUCAGAAGCUGAAGUGCGGAAUUGGUGCUUUCAAGUUUUUCAAGGUCUUGCCUACAUGCAUCAGCGGGGAUAUUUUCACCGUGACCUCAAACCAGAAAAUUUAUUAGUUGCUAAAGACUUGAUAAAACUUGCUGAUUUUGGGCUUGCUCGUGAAACUAGUGCAAUGCCACCUUAUACUGAGUAUGUUUCAACACGGUGGUAUAGAGCUCCGGAGGUGCUGCUUCAGUCCUAUCUCUAUGGUCCUAAAGUUGAUAUGUGGGCAAUGGGUGCUAUAAUGGCAGAGUUGUUUACUCUUCGUCCACUUUUUCCUGGAGCAAGUGAAACAGACCAAAUCUACAAAAUUUGCAAUAUACUUGGCACUCCAACUAUGGAUACAUGGUCUGGUGGGCUUUGUCUUGCAAGGAACAUCAACUAUCAAUUCCCGCAGUUUAAUGGAGUUCAUCUCUCUGUUGUUAUUCCCUCAGCCAGCGAUGAUGCAGUCAAUCUUAUUGCAUCACUUUGUUCAUGGGAUCCGUCCAAGAGACCAACUGCUAUGGAAGCCCUCCAACAUCCCUUCUUCCAAAGUUGCUACUACGUUCCACCGUCUCUUCGUGCUAGAGCACCAUUUGCUCGGACCCCUCCUUCUGCUGGAACAAAGGAUUUGCUGGAGCAGCAGACUGCUAAAAAAUAUCCUGUGGCUUUAUCUGAUUCCAGAAUUGCUGGUAGUUUCUCCAACCCGAAGUUGCCUGCGUUGUUGAGCACAGGUGUGCAGAGGAAGUUGGAUUUGAUGAACCAGGAUGCAAAUAAAAACGAUAAAACUAUGAAGAGCACAGUUAGACAACAAAAAUACCGACCGCCUGUGAGGAAUAGCCCUACCAAUUCUAUCUACAAGGGAAAUAAUGUGCGUGGAGUUUCAGAUACAGGCGAAAAGUUGGCAAAUAUGACAAUUGCCCCUCGCAAGCCAUCUAUUGGGCAGCUUCCUCGUCCGAUGAAAGCGGGUGUUCGUUGGAGCGGUUCCUCUAGCGAUCUGUUAAUAAGGCCUGCUCAAGAGUUUCAACCUGGCAGCAAUUACCCCAGGAAGGUUGCUGGAUGAUAGCCCUUCCUCUCGUUAUCCAUCCUUAUGGUUACUUUUAUGUUUGUCUUUGACGAAUCGUAUGCAAUUGCCCUUCCCUCCGGGAAUUUAUGUAAUAAAUGAUGCCUCUGUCGACUUGUUUGUUUUUCUUCUUUUUGUUUUGCCAUACUCUAUGUUUGCCUGAUGAAAUAAAAGAUUGUCAGUCUUUUCCUUCUUUA